AGUUAGUUAUGUACUUUGAAGUGUUUUAUGUUUUAUUUUUUGUUGUUUAAUUAGUGCUUACUUCUUAGCGUGGUUACCCUUAUGGUGCUUUGUGUGAGUAUAGCUGAGAAUACGGUUUUAUUUUGGAUGAAUAAUGUAACGUAGCCUAGAAUAGACUGUAUGUUUGGUGGAUUUUAUGCACGUGGUUUCCAUUGUAGCUACCACCUGAUGGGGGUUUUGGGAAGCUGUCUGAUUUGAUGGAGACAUGAGGGAGAAAGGAAGUGAUACAGGUUUGGAACAGCAUGAAGGAAAAAGAAAGUGAUAUAGGUUUAGAACAGCAAAAAGAGAACAACCACAAACCACCAAGGCAUGAUUUCAUGACAUGAUCCACGCCAGGUAUCAGUCAAGUACCUUGUGACACCCGUGUUCGGAAACUAUCCAUGACUAAGACCAGAUGACCAAGUUGGAGUCUUGAGACAUCAAUUGUCAAGUUGCAAAAGCAGAGCGAAGUAAGAGACUGAAGACAUGAGGAGUCCACCAACAAGAUUUUUACUCUUUUACCAACACUAUGAAUAUAAAUCAAGGUCAGUCCUAGUUUGCUAAAUAAUUUCUUAUCGGGAGUCAACACUGCAACAAAUAUUUUUAUUAUUAUUAUUGUUAUUAUAUUGUGUUUUUGUCUAUUCAGUGCAUAAUUUUUUACUUUAAAUUUACAAGUUUUUGCAGGGCAUGAAAAACCUACUUUGCAGUGACCUUUCCAGGUUAUUUGACCACAUCUGUAAAUAUGUAAAUAAUUUAUAUGGACUAUAUCUCAUGAUUUUAUCGACCUAGCAAAUAUAUACUUAGGACAAACGCAUUCAGCAGCACAAUAUAUAGCCUACUUGUCAUUCAGUAAGAUGCGGGCUAUAUAUGGUGAUCUUGCGCCAUCUAGUGGUAACAAAGAAGCCUCAGACUGAGGAUCUUCAAGGAAUGUGGUCUCAUACAUCAUCAGGUUACUUAUUCCCUAACCUUUUAGUUCAUAAUCAGUUAUCCUCCAUUUCCAUUUUUGACAUUGUACUACUAUAACAUCCUAUUUUGCUCAAUGUAACAACUGACACAUGUAUGUUUAGUACAUAUCACUCUCAGAAAAAGGUACAAACCUGUAAUUUGGUACAAAUAUGUACACUUUAGCUGCUAAUAUGUACUUUUAAAGUAUUAAUAUGCUUUUAAACUACAAAUAUGUACCAUUUGGGGUACAAAGAUAUACCGUUUAGCUUUUGUAGCUAUUAAUCACAUAUAAUAAAAUCACAUAUACAGUAAAUAUUGCACAUAUAAUAUAUUCAGAACAUUUUUUGUACAAAAAAAUAAAUCAAAAAUGAAAUAAUUUGUACAUACAUUCGAUGAGCCUUUAUUUUGUCUAAGCGCAGUAAGGUGGCGCUGUUGCUCUGUUGUGGUUUGUUUCAGACUCAUGUGCUUUGGACAGGCAGAGACUCAGAGCGCCGGUGCACUUGCAUCAACAGAUGAUCUGCUGUUUGCUGCAGCUGUUUGACUGUAACACAGGGCAGAGAAGAGCACUUCAGUCUCCGACUAACUGUGAUGGAAUAUGACAGUUUAUAGAAACACGUGUGGAUUCACAAAGACGUCUGAAACAAGGAGCCCCUGGGAGAGGGACUGCAUUGUCUUGUGUGAACAAAACCCCAUCUGACCACUUCCAUACAGAUGACCAGUGAUGGCCACAGCAUCAGACUCAGCGGACGAUUCAGUGGAUGAAGGUGUGUCCAAACACACUUCGAAGAUAACGCUGUCUAUUGUCCUGGUGACCAUCAUUAUACUGACUGCACUUGGUAAUUUGCUUGUGAUGGUGGCUCUCUGUAAAGACAGACAUCUAAGGAAGAAGAAGACCAACUUCUUCAUUGUAUCACUGGCAUUUGCAGACCUCCUAGUUGCCCUUGUUGUGAUGCCGCUGGCAGCCAUAGAGCUGACCACAGGUCAGUGGAACUAUGGAGAGACGUUCUGCUUGGUCCGUACCUCACUUGACGUGCUGCUAACCACUGCGUCUAUUCUGCAUUUGUGCUGCAUUGCACUAGACAGGUACUAUGCGAUUUGCUGUCAGCCUCUGGUCUACAAUAACAAGAUGACACCUGUGAGAGUCUCACUGAUGCUGGUUGGAUGCUGGGUCAUCCCCAUUUUCAUCUCUUUUCUUCCCAUUAUGCAAAGUUGGAAUACCAUUGGAAUCGAGAGUGUUAUCGAACAAAGAAACUCCUCCCGUAAUUCGACUUGUGUGUUCAUGGUGAACCGACCCUAUGCUCUGGUGUGUUCGGCCGUGGCCUUCUAUGUGCCUCUGGUGCUGAUGGUUCUCGCCUAUCAGCGAAUCUAUGUCACCGCUAUGGGACACGCUCGGCGAAUCGGCUCGCUGCACCGGGCCGGCUCAGCCCCUUCUUCGACUUAUCCCAACCACGAACAACAUGGCUCCAGUCGCAUUAAGAACGAAACCAAGGCGGCCAAGACGCUGGCUGUCAUCAUGGGCUGCUUCUGUCUGUGCUGGGCGCCCUUCUUUGUCACCAACGUGGUGGAUCCCUUCAUCAAUUACAGCGUGCCCUGGCAGAUGUGGACCGCAUGGCUCUGGUUGGGUUACAUCAACUCGGGCUUGAAUCCAUUCCUGUAUGCUUUUCUGAACCGAGCUUUUCGGAGAGCCUUCCUUAUGAUCCUGUGCUGUGGAAAUGAGCAUUAUGCCCCGCAGGGGGGCUUUAGUCCGAGCAGACGGCACUCAGAGUCUGUCAACGGAACCUCCAUUUCUCUCAGAUUGUCAUUUCUUCAAAACCGAAGGUACAGCGACAAUUCCAAACGAUUUCUGUCGUGCGAGCUGGAAUCUCAGGAGUCGGUUGGUGCAUCAUAGCCAAGAGUUCAAUGCCUGCAGAUGCAUCCUGAGGAGAACAUA